GGUUGAGGAGGUCAGAUAGGCAGUCGCUUCUUGUAAAGCACUGGUACUCAGCUGAAUCCGGUUAGACUGGAAGCCGACCCCGACAUAGUUUGGGAAAAGGCUCGGAGGAUGAUGAUAAUCUAAGCAAUUUGUAAACAGGUACUUACUUUUUGCUAAAAUGUUAAAAUCAUUAGUAAUUCUGUAAUUAAUGUGAAAUUUUACUUAGUGCCAAUGUUAAAUAUGAUAUCAAUGAAAAAAAAGACUUAUUCUAAUCUAAAUUAUAUUCAUUAAAAUGUAAUAAAUAAAUAAACAUUUUUGGGUGCGCGCAAAAUCCGUGCCAAAUGUAGAACAAUAGGAUUCGCUAAAUUUAGCAAUUUACGGUAACAAGUCACGCGGAAGUAAUAAUAUUUUAAUGAUUUAAAUAUUUGUUUCCGUCACAUGCUUUCAUGCUAACGUGGCCACGUGGCCACGGAUCUUGAUAUCACAUUAUCUAGUUUUUCUCUUCUCAUGAAUGUUUAUCUCUGUUAAACUGUAACAGUUUACAUAUAAAUUCACGGUUUUUUCCUGUUGUGACUUGGUGGCUUGUUGUUUAAAUGUUUUUAUUUGUUUCUAUGUAUUUACUUGGUCGUUAAAAUAUUUAGCUGAUUUAGUAGAUAAUACUGAUAAUUCUCGAUUUUACAUGCUGACAAAAAAGGGUCAGCUCAGAAUCGACAAAAAAAAAAACAAUAGUUUAACUUUAAAUACAAGUUACCUUCUUAUUUCCGCUCAGUGAAUUAAUAUAAAUUAUUGUCUAUCAAGGAUCAUAAUGGCUCCUAGAAAAUAACGUAUUAUCUCUAAUGUCACAUAAAUAAACAAAUAUGCUUAAGUAUAACAGCAAUGUAUGUAAUAAUAGAUAAACUACUUAUGAUUACACUAACUAGCUAGCUAAAGUGUGUAAGUACCAGUGAUUUCUGUAUACUUAGUUUGAAACGCAGGGCCAUUUCAUGCGAGGAACAAGGUGAACUCGAUUCCUAAGAUGAUCUUCUAUGAGGAAACUCGUAUCAGAAUUAUCCUUAAUCCUCUGUGUCAUUUGUCACGAGUUUCAUCUAAAAGAGUCAGCAGUUUGGACAAGAUAGCGUUGUCAUGGUAACAAAGCGGACAAGUCUAUUUUAUUUUUUACUAGCUUCCGCCAGCGGCUUCGCCCGCGUGGUGUGUUGAUAAAAAGUAGCCUAUGUGUUAAUCCAGGGUAUCACCUAUCUACGUUCCGAAUUUCAAUCAAAUCGGUCCAGCCGUUUUUGCGUGAUUGAAUAACAAACAUACAUCCAUACAUUCUCACAAACUUUCACAUUUAUAAUAUAAGUAAGAAGUAAGAUAUAAGUAAGAUUAUUUCUACUGAGGCCGUUUAAAAAAUUAUUUCGGUGUUGGAAGCUAUAUCCGCGAGUAACGUAGCCUACAUUUUAUCCGGGUUAGGGAAGAAGUUUCUUUAGAAAUAAGCAGUAAGUACCUUUGUACUCAAUUGUAUUAUGCCAUUUCUAAUUAUUAUUUAACAGUGUGUAUAUAAAUUAUAAAAUAAAAUAUGUUCCCCGAGAAGCGAGUGAAACCGCGGGAAACCAGCUAGUAUAUUCAUAUACGUAUAUUACAUUUCAUUAAUGGCACUACAUAAUUUAAAUUAUGAUAAUUUAAACAUGACUUUGAAUAUAAUUUUGAUAUUAUUACUGAGUAUAAAUCAGUAAAGUCGCAAUUCUUCUUCAAUAACAAUAAUAGUAUAGUAAACAACAAAGCCAUGAAAUACACAUUGGACACGUUGCCGGUAAUACUGAAUGACACUACAUUAACUAUUGUGGUUGCGAGCACAUAACGAUCGUAUAACCCAUUUGGACUGAAAAUUACAAUUUAUCUCGCCCACAUAACAUAACGUAAGUGCUCAUAGUUGUAAACUCCCUGUCGUCAUAUCCUGGGUCCUAUUACAUCUCUUAAUGGAAAUAAAAGACAAUUCUAAUAUGAAAAUUAUUGGAAAUAUAAUUGUCGUUUAAUCAAUCAUUAUCAUGGACCAGUUUCUGCCAGCGGUUUCACCCGCAUCCCAUCCCGUGGGAACUACUUCCCGUACCGGGAUAAAAAGUAGCCUAUAGCCUUCCUCGAUAAAAGGGCUAUCUAACACUGAAAGAAAUGUUCAAAUCGGACCAGUAGUUCCUGAGAUUAGCGCGUUCAAACAAACAAACAAACAAACAAACUCUUCAGCUUUAUAAUUGGAAAUAUAAUUGUCGUUUAAUCAAUCAUUAUCAUGGAUUUAUGAGUAAUACUUGUUAUAACUGGUAUGGAACUACAAAAUAGAGAAAGUUAACUACUGACUGUUAGGUUCGCUCCGUGACGUGACGAUAAUUUACUUAGCUGUACUGUUCACAUUGACGAUACUCAUAAGUGGUUUACGACCUCGCCACAUAAAUGACUGCACGUAUUUUUAUUAUCCAAUGCAGAAAUGCAGUACGCAAUUUAAAAUAAGCAUGUCACUUUUCACAGCACAACGCGACCUUGAUCGAGACCUACCUGUUUUCUCGCUUAGCAAUAAAUGUCAUUAAUUAUCCUCUGUAUCGUAUAUUUGUUUAGAAUAUUUUAAUUAAAAUUACAUCUGUGCUGCUUGUUAUUCUGUACAAUGAAAUGAAAAAAUAAUAAAAUCAUGAAAAUUCUGAUACAAUGACAAAAAUUAAUGAUUUGAUUGGAAAUUUUGGGAGAUAUCAUUACUGGUUAUGUAUUAUGGUAUUUAUAAGCAGAUUCGGAGUGGCGUUUCAUCAGAUGGCAAUUAUUUUCCUGGCUCCACCAGCACAAUAUUAUUGCCCAAAUAAAAAUUCCACAUGUUGUGACAAUCCUGUAUACGAUACCUCGGUGUUCACAAAGACUAUAGUAACUGAAUGGAAUCUGAUAUGCGAAAAAUCCUGGCUCAAGGACUUCACUCAAACAGUCUUUCAAUUUGGCGUACUAAUUGGUAGUUUACUUUUUGGAAUUGCAUCAGAUAGAUAUGGCAGAAAACCGACAUUGAUAAUAUCCGUGGUUAUAGAGAUAUUCUCAGGAAUGAUAUCAUCAUUUUUGCCUGAUUUUUGGAGUUUUACUUUUGCCAGAAUGUUGGUCGGUUUUUCAAACGGUGGUAUCAUGAUCAUUACUUUUGUGAUAAUAAUGGAAUAUGUAGGAACCCCAAAUAGGGACGUGGUAUCCGCUUUGUUUCACAUACCAUUUACAACCGGCCACAUCAUGCUGGCAGGAAUUGGGUAUCUGUUAAGAGAUUACACGUAUUUUCAACUAUGUAUAUCAGGGAUCAACGUUAUUCUAUUGGCGUAUAUUUGUUUAUUACCAGAAAGCCCAAGAUGGUUACUAGCUAUGAAUAAAACUGUUCAGGCAAUAGAUUUAAUGGAACGAGUUGCAAAAAUCAAUAAAUUGCCUACAGAACAUAUACGGCAUGAAGUAGAAAUGUAUCAACUAAAACGCAUCAAGGAUUACACAAAACCGAAGGCCACAGUAUUAGAUCUGUUUCGGUCUCCGAAGCUAAGAACUAACAUCAUGGUGUUGUCAUUCGCUUGGCUCGUGUGCAGCUACUGUUUCUACGGCGGCACUUAUUACAUCAGCCAUUUAACUGGUGACGUUUUUAUCAACGUUGUGGCGACCGGCAGUGUGUGUCUAUGCGCGUGUAUUAUUUGUAUUCCUUUGAUCAAGUUCUCCAAGCGCAAAACAGUGGUUGUUACUGCGAACGCUCUAUGCGGGUUUUGCAUGCUUACAAUCGGCAUCGUACCUGAAGGCAAAGUUUCUGUUAUAUUUGGAUGUUUGGGUGAACUACUAUGUUAUACUAUCUUCGUUGUUGUUUAUUUGUAUUGUACUGAAAUGUUUCCAACCGUAGUACGUAACGCGGCUAUAGGAAUUUGCUCGAUGAUGGCCCGAGUGGGAGCCAUGAUUGCACCGUUUCCGGCUGGAUUAAGACCCUAUGGCAUAUGGUGUGCGCCUAUUGCAUUCGGCAUCUUUCCUGUGAUAGCUGCAUUUCUAUGUUUGUUAUUGCCAGAAACAAAAGAUUGCGAGUUACUAAUGACAAUCGAAGAAGCUGAAGCAUUGGGCAAGAACUAUCAAAAUAUAAGUUCAAGAACUGAUGUCAAUAUUGCGGAAAGUGAAGCGUUAUUUCAAUGUUGUUGUAACACACAAUUGCAUCAUUUCGGUGAUUAUGUGAAUCCUGAUGAGAAGACCAUUAUUGUAAUGAACCAUCGCACAAGGGUAGAUUGGAACUAUAUAUGGAUAGCUCUUUACCACGCAACGCAAAAUCCGAAUGGCGACUUGUGCACUUGUAAACAGGUAGUGCAGAAUAAUAGUGAGUCUAAUAGCAUUUUGGAUCUUGGAGGGAAAUCGAAACUAAAAUUCGUUUUGAAGGAUGAAAUCAAAAAUAUUCCUGGCAUGGGUUGGAUUAUGCAACUAAACUUUUUCCUGUACGUAAAGAGGAACUGGCGUGAAGAUCAAGUAAAUCUGUCUCAGUUUGUAGAUUACUACCAGAAACUGAAUUAUGACUGCAGGCUAGUUUUGUUUCCUGAGGGAACGGAUUUAAGUGAUGACAAUCGUCGGCGCAGCGAAAAAUUUGCAGCAGCUCAUAAUAUGCAGAAUUACCAGUACAUAUUACAUCCUCGAACCACUGGUUGGGUAGCGUUAUGUUCUCGACUUCGGGAGGCAGGACUUGCCUCCGUGUAUGAUGUCACUGUAGCAUAUGAUACACCGGCGCAAACCGAAAUGGAUUUGUUCCGAGGACGAAUACCAAUGCAUGUUUAUUUUCAUUGUAAAAGAUAUCCCAUACAAAGGCUUCCCCAAGACGACGCAGCACUCAAAACGUGGCUCAUGGAGCGUUGGCAGGAAAAAGAACAUAGUCUUCGAAAAUUUCACAAUGAAGGUAACUUCGUGGACCCACAAUCUAACAGACCACCGCUGCUUCGAUCUCCAAGACCACUUAUGUUGGCUAAAGUAGGAUUGUUAUUCUGGACUCUCAUUGACAUAAUUUUCUUAUAUUGUCUACUAAACAGUGUCCUGUUCCAAUUCUGGGUUCUUUAUCACUGUUUCCUUUUCAUAUCCAUUACUUGGUAUUUCGGUGGGUUUCAUAAUAUUCAAUACAAACUCCUAGAGAAAUAAAUACUUUAAAAUAAAAUAAAAUAUAUUAUGUAGUCAUAAUUAAUUUAUCUUACUUCUAGAUUUUAGAAAUAUUUUAAUACUACUGUGAGUUCUCAUCAAUGCCAAAGCCAUGAUAAUUGUAAUAAAGAUUAUUAGACAU